AUGUGUGGUGUCCAAAUUGAAGCCAAUGCUAUGAACAUGUGCACGUCCUGCAUUGCAUCGGAAGUGAACGUAGCUGAAGGAAUCGACACGACGUGUGACUUGGUGCAAUGUCGUGGCUGUUUACGCUUUCAAUCUCGUGGUAAACUGCAGCAGUACAGUAGUACCUCAGGUGCAUGGGUUGACUGUGACUGGGAGUCCAAGGAGCUCAUGGCGCUUUGUCUCAAGAACAUUCCAGGCCUGAACAAGGCGAAACUCAUUGAUGCAAGCUUUAUCUGGACUGAACCACACUCAAAACGGGUGAAGCUGAGACUCACAUUGCAACGUGAGGUUGCUAACCACGCCGUGAUCCAAAACACGUGCGUCGUGACGUUUGUCAUCAACUCGGUCAAGUGUCCAGACUGUACCAAACAAUACCACAACAACACGUGGAGAGCACUCGUCCAGAUCCGUCAAAAAGCCGACCAUAAACGAACAUUUCUCCGACUCGAGCAGGAUAUUCUCAAGCAUAACGCACACCAGGAUGCUAUCAACAUUACAACCGUGAAGGAAGGCAUGGACUUUUACUUUGGUACCAAGUCAACGGCAGAAAAGUUCCUUCACUUUCUGUCAGCACAUGUCCCCAUGCGAUCCAAGUCUUCCAGCAAGCUCAUUUCGGAGAAUGUGCGUGAUGCGUCAGCUAACGUGCAGCUUACGUAUAGCGUUGAAUUGAGUCCGAUCUGCAAGGACGACUUGUUGGUCUUGCCGAGGAGAUUUGCCCAGAGCUGUGGGAACAUCUCGGACGUGACACUAUGUGCGCGUGCCACAUCCUUGGUGCAUCUAUUGGACCCUGUAUCGGGACAGAAGGCGGAGCUUUCGACUGACAGGUACUGGAAGCUGCCGUUCCUGCCACUGGCGACUAGCUCCGACAUGGUCGAGUUCGUCGUAUUGGAUGUAGAACCCGUGGAUUCGCGGGAAUUGCGCCAGAUUGGCCCUGCACCUGUCUCCGACAAAGGGCUCAAACCCAGGUUUAUCGUUGCUGACGUGGAAGUGGCUCGUGCAAGCGACUUUGGUGUGAAUGAUACGACGUUCCACGCGCGCACGCAUCUUGGCGGUGUCUUGGCUGCAGGCGACACAGUUAAGGGCUAUGACCUCUCCUCCACCAUCUUUGGCUCAAGCCAAACGCAAUCUCUGAAAGAUGAACUCCCCGAUCUCGUGUUAGUGCGGAAGGUCUAUCCGCGCGAGAGCACCAAGCACCAGGAACACAACCACAAACUCAAAUCACUAGGUGCCACUCACCACGGCAAGGUCAGCAAGGCCGAGACGGCACGUUUGCAGCAUGAGGUGGAGGAAUUCACUGCAGAAUUCUUGGAAGAGAAGGAGCUGGAGGAGCAAGAAGGUGACGAUGACAAGGACGCAGAAGAGCGGCUUCCGAAAGUUGUUGAAGAUGUCUCUGCUAGUGUGGAGGAGCAGACAGCAGCCAUGGCGCAUCUUGGUUUGCCAUAA